AUGGACAAGUCUCUUAGCCCGGAACACGGCAACGAGCCGCAGAACCUAUCGACGAGCGACGCCACCCACCCUCCGCCGCCGCCGGACCACGGCGCCGAGGAGGAGGAGUACCGCAGCGGCAGUCCCUCGCAGACGGACGGUAACCUGAGCGCGUCGGCGGGAGACGGCAAACACUUGACCUUCUCGCCCGAGCAGGUGGCGUGUGUGUGCGAGGCGCUGCAACAAGGAGGGCACGUCGACCGGCUCGCCCGCUUCCUCUGGUCACUGCCGCCUAGCGAGCUGUUGCGGGGCAGCGAGGCCGUGCUGCGCGCUCGCUCCACCGUCGCCUUCCACCGCGGCAACUUCCGCGAGCUGUACGCGAUCCUCGACAGCCACGCGUUCGACGCGCAGUACCACGUCGAGUUACAAAAGAUGUGGUAUCGCGCGCACUACCUGGAAGCGGAGAAAAUCCGUGGACGGCCCCUGGGCGCCGUCGACAAGUACCGACUGCGGCGUAAGUACCCGCUGCCGAAAACGAUCUGGGACGGCGAGGAGACAGUCUAUUGCUUCAAGGAGAAGUCGCGGGCGGCGCUGAAGGACUGUUACAAGCAGAACCGCUAUCCGACGCCAGACGAGAAGCGCGACUUAGCGAAGAAGACGGGUCUGACGUUGACGCAGGUCAGCAAUUGGUUCAAGAAUCGACGCCAGCGCGACCGGACGCCGCAGAUGCACCGAACCAAUCCAGACGUGCAUCAGCUUGCUGUGGAGAACCCAGCCAUGAUUGGUCAGAGUGAAGCGGAGCGCAUGGUCCAAUACAACCGUAAGCUGCUGGAGGAAAGCCAUUGCAAACUCUCACUGGCAAAUAUGGUAAAGCAGAAGCACGCUGUAGCUAUUCUACAUCCGCAUUCACAAACCCUGGUUUCACAGUACAUGAGCAUCCCGCCAAAUGACGGCCAUUAUUGAAUCCCUACAAACAAACCAUGGUGAUAUUCCCCAUCGUAGCUGAAGUCUUGUUCGUAGUGGAACACGAGAUAUUAAUCUGGUUCAAAUCUAUAUACGUCGCGAAGAAUUAGUAGGAUGUCGGGACACGUGCUGUGGCGACUAGGUUAGAUUUUCAAAGUUCCAUGUUAUUUUAUAUGUAUAUGGCUGUACAGUGCUGUGAUGCUACAGGUCAAACAAUAAUCAGACGUCGUGUAACUUUAUGUCUCGCAUUUUCCCGAGUGAAAACGCGUGUAUAAGUAUGAAUAAGCGCGUAUAAACGGCAUCGUUUACCCGAAUAUGAUCUCAAUGUGGAUUUCUAUACUUAGAAAUGGUAAUAUACAUAAGUGUAUAUCGUGUACCGUUGCGCAGUACGUGCGUGCAUGAUAUUAGCUCAGGAGCAUGUGGUAAAUCAUGCUGCUGAAUAAGAGACGUUUUAUGCGAAUUGGGUGUAUAUAUAUAUUUUCCAGUGCUAAUAUUGUGUAAAAUUAUUGUAUGUGUUAAGCACCGUGAUAAUACGAUAUUGGCUAUGUUUAAGCGCAGUAUCAUCGCGAUAAUUGUUGCAGUAUUUUACACUCUAGAAUGAGAGUCAAUGAAGAGAGGAAGAGAAGACGACAAGACAGACCUUUGGUUUUGUUUCAUGUACGCGAACCAGAACUGUAAAGUGAAUCAGGAAUACUUAAUUAUUUAUUAUAUUUAGAACCUUAUUCGUAAACGUUGUUAAUUAAUUGCUUGAUUGGAGGAAAUUCCUUGGUUCAAGCAAGGUACAUCGGAAAUUAUUUCUAGUCUCUUAAAUGUUUAACUAUUUAUUAAAAUGGGAGAUGUUCAAUGGAAACACCGGCUUUUCUGGUAUGUGAACGCAUAAAGUCAGCUGAUAGCUUAAUUGCAGCGAGCGUCGUUUCGAUAGAGUAAACGCUGCAUGCAUACCGUUUUUUGACAUGUCUUGGAAUUAAUCAAUUAUCUAUAACAUAUACUUCUAGGUUUCGUUUGUGGUACCGUUAACGUAGUCAUAUAUUUUAUGUGUCAGUCUAUGUUUUUGUCAUUAGAAUGACAAAAGUCACGUUUUUGAUAUUAAAUGAUAGCUAUAUGAUCUCCUGUUCGUGAGCGACUAUGGCAAUGUAGAUCGAGUAUAAAUAAACGGACCCCUUUCAGAUUCGA